CCGCAAGAAAAAGAUAAGCGAAAGGAAGGAGCUAGACAAGUGAACAUGGAGCAUAGGAACACAGCAACCGUGCUAUUUGAGACUGGGUUAGUUACUUUGGUGAUGGUUCUUUCCUUUCUCGGAAAUCUCAUGGUUUGCCAUGCUAUACGCAGAAACCCAAGACUUCGUUGUCCGAGCAACUACUACCUCAUUUCCUUGGCGCUGACCGACAUUUUCCAAGCUGUGCUGGUAAUGCCGCUAUCUGUUUUCCUAGUAGCUAUGGGAAGGUGGCCAUUUGGAACCCCAAUGUGCUACGUCUCUGCGAUUACAAAGUUGUCUUUGUCGAAAACCUCACUAUUGACGAUGGCGCUGAUGGCGUUGAACAGAUAUUACAAGAUAGUGAGACCAGCGAGCUACCAAAGUAUUUUUACAAAGAGGUUUAUUGUUAUAACUGCAUCAGCAGCGUGGGUAACGAUGGUUUUGAUGUCUCUCAUCUUCGCCUUUGCUUCCGAUUCCCGCCCUCAGGACGACUUGAGUUUCGCAGUUUGUACAAUAGAUUUUGAGCAGUUUGUACCUGUUGUGCUAAUUAUAAUGUACUUGCCCUAUUUUGUUAUCGGGUUUUGUUACUGGAACAUUUACCGCGUCGUGAGGAUGCAUAAUGCCAAUAUUUCGUGGCAAAGUGCCAAUGUCGAGCAUGUUAAAAUUACCAAAACACUUCUCGUAACUGUUGUUGGUUUCGCCAUUCUUUGGGUGCCUGCUCAUGCUGUAUUUGUAGCGUUUCUUUUCAAAUUAUACGUGCCUCAUCAGCUUAGAUUUAUGGUCACCUUUUUUAUCUUUACAUCUAGUUGCGUAAAUCCUUUCAUUUAUGGUUUCAUGAAUCGGGCAUUUAGACACGAAUUCAAGAAAAUCUUGACAACAAGAAAUAGUCAUUCGAUUGCCUCAGAUUCUGGUUCAGCUCAAAAUUAA